AUGAAAAAAUUAAACCUUCUUAUCAGAUGUAUAUCCUUGUACUCUAUAAUUUUUUAUACUGCAAAAAUUUCCUGCACAGUUCAGGUGAAAAAUGGUGGUAAUGAAAAUUUGGCUAGUUCAAGUGGACUUUUAAAAAAUGUGUUGAAUCAUUCCCCAAGAAUAAGUGAAGAAGAAAUAAAAGAGAGUGAAAUAAAAAUAAUAAAGAAUGCUCAUGAGGAGGAAAAGAAAAUAUUGGAUAAGUAUGGAAAAUGUUUAAAGGAUUAUACAUUACCUUGUCCUAAUUAUUGGAAAAGGAGAACGGAUAAGUAUGGAAAGAAUGUUUGUAUAGCUAAUGCAGAAUAUAAUGGUUUUUGUGAGCAAGUUCAGACAUUUGAUGAAUUUAGUGAGCAUGAGAAGAUGUCAUAUGAAUCUAGUUGUAAUGUAGAGUGGGGAUGUAAAGGUUCAUCUAAAGAAAUUUGUGAAAGUGGAAAAAGAGAUUAUAAUGUCCCAUGUCCUGAAGGAUUUCUUGUGCAAAAUGAUAAUAGUUGUAAAGCUGAUAUAAGUGUGUAUAGAGGUAUGUGUAAUAAUGAGACGAUAAAUUUCACUCACCUGACCAGUUCAGAAAAAGAAAAUUGGAGUAUUGCAUGCGAAGCUUAUUGGCCUUGUUAUACAGA